AUGUCUAGUAUGUUCCCUCAACCUAGCACCAUGGGUAACGUUCCCUCUAUCUUUGUGCGUACUCCGCAAGAACACCUGGAGUACAUGUGGACACAUCGAAAUCCACUCCCAUAUGAAGCCCCGCCUGGGCAUGUCCGCGUUUAUCUGCUUCCACAGUGGACACCGGGUAAAAGCCCGCUUAACGAGCCAUGGGCUGCGCUAAAAGGUGAUUUUCCAGUCGAACCUACUACGGGUGAGCUGGAUUUAAAAAAAGUAAAGGGUAAGUGGGCCCUCGAGCGGUGUUCGGCGAUCGAUCUGGAGAGAAUGCAGCCAUUUGAGGAGAAUUGUAAGGGGAGGUUGUCGCGGCUUGCUUUGAAUGUGUUGGCUGAUGCGAAGGGGGUUGUGUGGAUGUAUGAGCCAACCCCUUCCGAAGCCACCAUAUCUAUACGCACAGACCGCCUACGUAUUGUGCGGCAAUACGAUGCCGCCGUCGAACGUAUCCUAGAAGCGACGCUAGGUCGCAUAUCCAAACUACUCGACAACGGUGUCGUGGGCGAAAGCGUUUCUCAUUGCUACCCGCAAUACUCUGGUGCUGCCUCAGGCUCUCCCGAUGUGCCGCAGGAGGCCGCAAGCGAGGGCGUAUCGGUCGAGGAGGACGUCGGAAAGGCCGAGCAACGGCAACUUGUAUUCUUCGCCGCGCUUUUAUUUUUAUUUUUUUCUGGUGCGCUGGGUCGAUAUGCUCGAAUCGGGAGGGAGCUCGUGUUUGGGUGGUGA